CCUUGUUCUCGGGAGCCUGGUCACUCCCGACAGAAUCUGGCCGCCAGCAGGAACGCGGGGAGGCGAGCAGGGGACUAGAGCUAAGUACUGGGAAUCGAACUCACAACCUUGCGCUUGCCAGGCAGGCAGUGUGCCGCUGAGAUUUCAGAAUGACUUCCAUCUUGACUUACACUUUUAGAAACCUUCCCAGUACAUCAAAAUGGACCCUCAGAUUUUGUGUAAGACCUCUGAGCUGUUCCUCCCAGCUACGAGCAGGCCCAGCUGUCCAGACCAAAUCGAAGAAGACCUUGGCCAAACCCAAUGUGAGGAAUGUUGUGGUAGUAGAUGGUGUUCGCAUUCCGUUUUUGCUGUCAGGCACUUCGUAUAAAGAGCUGAUGCCACAUGAUUUGGCUAGAGCAGCACUUUUGGGUUUGUUACAUCGGACCAAUGUCCCAAAGGAAGUUGUUGAUUAUAUCACCUUUGGCACAGUUAUUCAGGAAGUGAAAACAAGCAACGUGGCUAGAGAGGCUGCCCUUGGAGCUGGCUUCUCUGACAAGACUCCUGCUCACACUGUCACCAUGGCUUGCAUCUCCUCAAACCAGGCCAUGACCACAGCUGUUGGCCUGAUUGCUUCCGGCCAGUCCGAUGUGGUCGUGGCAGGUGGUGUCGAGUUGAUGUCCGAUGUUCCUAUUCGUCACUCAAGGAAGAUGAGGAAGAUGAUGCUUGAUCUCAAUAAAGCCAAGACUCUGGGCCAGAGACUGUCUUUGCUCUCUAAAUUCAGACUGAAUUUCCUGUCACCUGAGCUCCCUGCGGUGGCCGAGUUCUCCACCAGUGAGACCAUGGGCCACGCUGCAGACCGAAUGGCUGCUUCCUUUGCAGUUUCUCGGCAGGAGCAGGAUGAAUAUGCGCUGCGUUCUCACAGUCUGGCCAAGAAGGCCCAGGACGAAGGACUCCUUUCUGAUGUUGUCCCCUUCAAGGUUCCAGGAAAGGAUACGGUUAGCAAAGAUAAUGGUGUCCGUCCUUCCUCGCUGGAGCAGAUGGCCAAACUAAAACCUGCGUUCAUCAAGCCCUAUGGCACAGUGACAGCUGCAAAUUCUUCUUUCCUGACUGAUGGCGCUUCUGCGAUGCUGAUUAUGUCUGAGGACAAAGCUCUGGCCAUGGGAUAUAAGCCAAAGGCAUAUUUGAGGGAUUUUGUGUAUGUGUCCCAGGAUCCAAAAGAUCAGCUUUUACUGGGACCAACAUAUGCUACUCCAAAAGUCCUAGAAAAGGCAGGAUUAACCAUGAAUGAUAUUGAUGUUUUUGAAUUUCAUGAAGCCUUCGCGGGUCAGAUUUUGGCUAAUUUUAAAGCCUUGGAUUCUGAUUGGUUUGCGCAAAACUACAUGGGUAGGAAAACCAAGGUUGGAUCACUUCCUUUAGAGAAGUUUAAUACCUGGGGUGGAUCGCUGUCCCUGGGGCACCCAUUUGGAGCUACUGGCUGCCGCUUGGUCAUCACAGCUGCCAACAGGUUGCGGAAGGAAGGAGGCCAGUAUGCCUUGGUGGCCGCCUGUGCAGCUGGAGGGCAGGGCCAUGGAAUGAUAGUGGAAACCUACCCAAAGUGAUCAGUCCGGAGGAGGUGACCAGGUUUCUGUGCAGUACUCGCACUGGGCAAUGCCAUUUCAAUGCAUUUCUAAACAAUGCCUGUCGUUCUAGCUCCUUUUAGGAAAACAUUUGUGGCCUUCUGUUAAAUACUUUGCAACUAAGCCUUUCCGGUAUUCUCAGCUUUCCAAUAACCACAGCUUACUGUUCUUUCAGGGGUUUCUGAGUUGUAAGAAUAUCAUACAGAUAGAUUUAAGCAGUUGCUUUUGAUCUCUGUUGUCAUCAAAGACUAAAUGAAUGGUUUGCAUUUUAGGAAAGACAGAUCUGAAGUCAUCUUUGUAAUAUUUGCAAAUUAUAUUUGUUCUUAUUUGUGUCCUAAAAGUAAGUAUUUUCUCUAAAAUAAAAACCAAUGUGCCUAAAUUAACUAAUUAUGGAAAAAUAAAUCUAUCUAAAUAUCUUUAAAAACUUAAAUAUUUAGAUAUACAAAGACCCUGUAAGUCAACCUUAAUAAAGUAAAGAACUAUUGGAGUA